UAACUCAGAUACCUGGGUAAUCGGGAUAUCCUCAUUCUCGCGCUUUCUCAACGGUUCCAUUCAACUCUCAUUUCACCAUUUCACUCCCUCCGGUAUCAUGGUGGAACCUCACACCACGACCACCGUCGCUGCCGCCAACGCCACCACAACCACUCGCUUCGGCAUCCUAGGAUGCGCUGGGAUCGCCCGCAAAGUCUCCCGCGCGAUCACUCUCUCUCCAAACUCCACCCUCCACGCCAUCGGCAGCCGUUCCAUCGAGAAAGCCCGAACGUACGCCACCGCUAACGGCUUCCCCUCGUCCACUAAAAUCUACGGAAGCUACGACGAAGUCCUCGACGACCCAGAAAUCGAUGCGGUGUACAUCCCUUUACCUACUAGCCUCCACCUCCAUUGGGUGGUUCGUGCGGCGGAGAAGAAAAAACAUGUUCUUGUUGAGAAACCCCCUGCUUUAAAUGUUAAAGAAUUGGAUGUGAUUUUGAACGCUUGUGAGGUUAAUGGGGUUCAAUUUAUGGAUGGCACAAUGUGGAUGCACCACCCACGGACUAAAAUUAUGGCUGAUUUUUUGGGUAAUUCUCAGCUUUUCGGCCAGCUCAAGGCUGUACAAUCAUCCUUCACCUUUUCUGCAGACAGUGAGUUCCUUGAAAAUGACAUCCGGGUGAAACCCGAUCUUGAUGCCCUUGGUGCUCUGGGUGAUGCUGGCUGGUACUGCAUCAGGGCAUGUCUGUGGGCUGCAAAUUAUGAACUGCCAAAGUUUGUGACUGCUCUAAGGAAUCCCAUUAAGAAUUCUGUUGGGGUGUUGUUAUCUGUUGAUGCUUCUUUGCACUGGGAAGAUGGUAAAGUAGCCACCUUCCACUGCUCUUUUCUCUCCAACUUAACCAUGGAUAUAACAGCUAUUGGCACCAAAGGAACCUUGCGAGUUAAUGAUUUCAUUAUUCCAUAUAAAGAAGCGGAGGCCUCAUUUUCAACAGUAUCUGAAGCUUGGUUCACUGACAUGGACUUGGAAUGGAAUCGAAAACCAAGUGAGCACAUUGUGAGUGCGGAUCUUCCCCAGGAAGCUCUUUUGGUUAAGGAGUUUUCGGCUUUGGUUGAUGCUAUAAAACACGGUGGUGCCCUAGCACCAGAGAAUAAGUGGCCUACUCUUAGUAGGAAAACUCAACUUAUAAUCGAUGCAGUAGUUGCUUCCAUUGAUAAAGGCUUUCUGCCUGUCGAGGUGGUCUACUGAUUGUCAAUAAUUGUCCUUGGUAGUGUAAAUUCGACGCUUGUGUUCUCUUUUGUUGCCUACUGUUGGUCGGUCUUAAAUUCUUAAUACAUACUAAUAUACUAUUGUAUUAUGGAACUGCUAAAGCAUUUACUUGCA